CCGAAAUGGCCGUCUCCGAGCUCGCUUGCAUCUACUCUGCUCUCAUCCUUCACGACGAUGAGGUUACAGUCACGGCCCUGAACAAUGUAAACAUUGCUAGUCUCAUCUGCAAUGUAGGAGUUGGUGGACCUGCCCCAGCAGCUGGUGGUGCUGCCCCUGCUGGAGGUGCUGCUCCUGCUAGCACAGCUGCCCCAACUGAGGAGAAGAAGAAAGAGGAAGCAAAAAAAAAAAAAGAGUCCGAGGAGUCUGAUGAUGACAUGGGCUUUGGUCUGUUUGACUAA